AAUCACCAAGUGCUGUACGAACCCUGGCGGCGGAGCCGCCUCGUGGCGCCACGACAGUCCAUCCAUUUUGGGAUCCACUCGUCCAUCUCCGCGUUUUAACUAGGUACCACCUUCUAAAUCUUUUACUUGCCCAUUUUCUUCCUUCUCUUUUUUUACUUUAACCUUGCGAGGUUGUUGUUCCUUGUGCGCCUUUGGAGUGUGCUUGGUUUUUUUCCCCCUUGAUUUUUCUCCUCCUCCUCCUCCUCCUCCUUCCUCGAGCGCUUAGGGUUUGUGGAUCUCGAGCUCGACGGCGGCGCUCUCGCCCUGGAAGAAAUCUGGUUUUCCCUUCCCCGCCAUAGCUGCUAAGGAGGAACAAGCAUGACGCGCAAGUGCUCCCAUUGCGGGCACAAUGGACACAACUCGCGGACGUGCCCCGAUCGCGGCGUGAGGCUGUUUGGAGUGAGAUUGACCGAGGGGAUGCGCAAGAGCGCCAGCAUGGGCAAUCUCCUGCAUUACAAUCCCUCCGCCGCCACGCCGGAGCCCUCGGAUUCCGGAGCUAUCGCCGAUGGUUACGUCUCUGAUGGACUCGUCCAAACAUCCAGCAAUGCUCGCGAGAGAAAGAAAGGAGUUCCCUGGACGGAGGAAGAGCACAGAUGCUUCCUCCUGGGCUUGCAAAAGCUCGGAAAGGGCGAUUGGAGGGGCAUCGCCAAGAACUUUGUGACGACGCGGACUCCCACGCAGGUCGCCAGCCACGCGCAAAAGUAUUUUAUCCGGCAGAGUAAUCUAAGCAAGAGGAAGAGGCGCUCCAGCCUCUUUGAUAUCUCUCCAGAGGUGGAUGUCGCAGCUGCUACUGGUGGAUUUGACUCCUUCACCAGUCCUGUUCUAGAUGCGAUGCCGCCACCACCACUCCGCCAAUUGAGCAGCGGUCCAGCGCCAGCAUCCGUCGCUCCAACAUUUCGCGAGAGCUUGCAGCCGUUCCCAGUAGCGAUGGCCCUCGAUUCCGUGAAGGAGGAGGAGGUGAUGGACUCGAGCGAGGGAGACACCACCAACGAGGAAACCAACAGAAGUUCGUCGACGACAAGAGCAGCCCCCGUCGCCUUCCUCCACCCGGUGCCCGUCCCAAUUCCCGUGGCAGUGCCGGUGUGGCUGGGCCUCGGCCCGUGCAUGGACCGGCCUCCAGCUCCAUCGCCAUCGCUAUCCUCCUCCUCCAAGCUCGUCCGGCCAACAGCCAGCCUCCCAAGAGCUCCGGUGAGGCUCGACAGCGGCGAGCUUCCGCAACUGCGGCUGGGACUGUCGGUGGAGCCGCUCAAGCUGGACGAGCCAUCGACGAGACACUCGGCCUUCCACUCCAAGAGCUCCUCGUCCUCGGCUUUCAGCAGCAAUUUGCGGGACCGCAACAACGUUCCAAUCAGCGUCGUGUGAUUCCACCGCUCGAUCGAUCUCUCUCGUCUCGAUCGAAGCAGCAGCGAGCAGCAGCGAGCAGAGAUUUCUAGUCUCGCAACUCAACUUUGACGAAACGAUUCUUUUCUUGCCUGUGAAUACGUGUUGUAGUUUACUUCUAGGCACUGGUGAUGACGUUCUUCCGAGCACCUUUUAUCUUAUAAACUAUGAUUCACAUA